AUGAACUAUACUUACUUGUUCGAGUAUAUUUGUGAAAGAUUUCGGUUGUCUGCAACUGAUGUUAUUGAGCUUCACUAUUCACUUCCUGGUUGUCCUCUCUCUUUCUUGCAUAAUGACAAUGAUUUUCAAAUGUUGUUUAUUGGUGCUAAGAUAUACAAUUUGGAUUGUGUUGAAAUUAUUGUGGAGAAGAAUAGUGAACGUUGCCGCAAGAGAACUUCUGUUUCAUGUGAAGAUAGCUGCUCUGAAGUUUUGGAUGAAGAUGAUUAUUUGACUGAGGGAUAUAGGUCUGAGGUGUCGAAGCCUUACUUAUCAAGAGAGUGGGAUGGAUGUUUUUAUAUUGAUUCUUUGAACAACGUACACACUUGCAAAGGCGUUCUUCGCCAGAAAAAGCAUGUUCGAUUGGGGUCUAAAGUUGUCAAGACUUGCAUUCAAGAGGAUAUUAGCUACAAUAUGUCAUUGAAGCCAAGGGAUAUCCAGAUAAAGAUGCAGUCUGCUUAUGGUUUUGAGAUAUCAUACAAGGUUGCUUGGAAAGCAAAGCAAAGUGCUAGGGAUAUGAUUUAUGGAUCUGAGGCUGAAUCUUUUAACAUGUUAUCUUGGUUUAGGGAAACUGUUUUAGCGAGUUUUAAGUUCUGUCUACCUGUAUUAUAUGUCGAUGGCACUUUUGGCAAGAGUCUUUACAAGGGGACCAUCCUCUGUGAAACUGGAAGGACUGGAAAUAAAGGUUGCUUUCCUUUGGCCAUGUGUGUAUGUGAUUCUGAGACUGAAGAUAAUUGGUGUUUUUUCUUCCGACACUUGAAGGAUUUGCUGGAAUCCCAAGGUAGAGUGGUUACAUUUAUGAGUGAUCGUGGUAAUGGAUUACUCGGUUCUUUCAGUAAGGUACUUCCUGGUCAUCCUCACUUGUUCUGUUACAUGCAUUUGUCAGCCAAUUUGAUGAAUAGAUAUGGUGGAGUGAGUGCUACUGUGAAAAAUUCUGUGAAGAAUAAGUUUUUUGAGUUAGCAUAUGCAUCUUCCCCCACCCAAUACCGUUUGCAUUUAAGAAAGCUUAGAGAAAUUGGUGAUGCAAAAAUUAUAGAUGAUUUUCUAAAGGAUAUGCCUCUUGAAAAUUGGUGCCGUGCAUUUUUCCCUGGAUCACGUUAUGGGAUUAUGACUAAUAGCAUGGCUGAAUCUUUUAAUGCCUGGUUUGCUGAAGAGCGUUAG